GCGGCGGGCUGGACGUGGGCUCAGGCACCGGGGCCGGCUGUCGGCGUGCUCGGCGCGGCCGUUGCGGCGGUUGGAGAGCGUUGCUGCCCGCCGCCUGCAGCGGGAGGUGCGAGGACUGGGUGGUAAAUCUCCCACGGUGAUGAAGAUGCAACCCACCAGUGGACAACAGUCCCAGUGCAGAGCAGAACCUGAGGGAUGGGAGGACCAAAAAGGAGAUGCUCACGUAGAGUGACAGAAGCCGUUGUCUGUGUUUCAGCACUGAACCACCUCCUCAGGUACCCUGGCUCUGGAAAUUGCUAUGGGAGAUUGGAUGACUGUUACAGAUCCAAGUCUGUGUGCAGAAAGCAAAAAUCUCUCUCAAUAUACCUCAGAAACAAAGAUGUCUCCAUCAAGUUUAUACUCCCAGCAAGUGCUGUGCUCUUCGAUACCUUUAUCAAAAAAUGUGCACAGUGUUUUCAGUGCCUUCUGCACAGAAGAGAACAUUGAACAAAGUAUUUCAUAUCUUGAUCAGGAACUGACUACCUUCGGUUUUCCUUCCUUAUACGAAGAACCCAAAAGUACAGAGACAAAGAGAGAGUUAAAUAUAGUCGCUGUUUUAAACUGUAUGAACGAGCUCCUUGUGCUUCAGCGGAAGAACCUCCUGGCCCAGGAGAGUGUGGAAACACAGAAUCUGAAGCUGGGCAGUGACAUGGACCAUCUGCAGAGCUGCUACAGCAAGCUUAAGGAACAGCUGGAAACCUCAAGACGAGAGAUGAUUGGGCUUCAGGAGAGAGACAGGCAAUUACAGUGCAAAAAUAGGAAUUUGCAUCAGCUACUGAAAAAUGAAAAAGAUGAGGUACAGAAAUUACAAAAUAUCAUAGCCAGUCGGGCUACUCAGUAUAAUCAUGAUAUGAAGAGAAAAGAGCGUGAAUACAAUAAACUAAAGGAGCGUCUGCAUCAGCUUGUUAUGAACAAGAAGGAUAAAAAAAUAGCCAUGGACGUCUUAAAUUAUGUGGGUCGAGCUGAUGGAAAACGAGGCUCGUGGAGGACUGAUAAAACAGAGGCCAGGAAUGAAGACGAAAUGUACAGAAUUCUGCUGAACGAUUAUGAGUACCGCCAGAAGCAGAUCCUAAUGGAGAAUGCGGAGCUGAAGAAGGUCCUCCAGCAGAUGAAGAAGGAGAUGAUUUCUCUUCUCUCUCCCCAGAAGAAGAAACCCAGGGAAAGGGCGGAUGACACCACAGGCACUGUUGUUAUCUCUGAUAUUGAAGAUGAUGCUGGGGAGCUGAGCAGAGAGAGUGUAUGGGGCCUUUCUUGUGAUACCGUGAGAGAGCAGCUUACAAACAGCAUCAGAAAACAGUGGAGAAUUUUGAAAAGUCAUGUAGAAAAACUUGAUAACCAAGUUUCAAAGGUCCACCUAGAAGGCCUCAGUGAUGAGGACGUCAUCUCCCGACAAGACCACGAGCAGGAGACGGAGAAGCUGGAGUUGGAGAUCCAGCAGUGUAAAGAAAUGAUCCGGGCACAGCAGCAGCUCUUGCAGCAGCAGCUGGCCACUGCGUGUGACGAUGACACCACCUCACUGUUGCGAGACUGUUACUUGCUGGAAGAAAAGGAACGCCUCAAAGAAGAGUGGUCCCUCUUUAAAGAGCAAAAAAAGAAUUUUGAGAGAGAGAGGCGAAGCUUCACGGAAGCCGCAAUCCGCUUGGGGCUGGAGAGGAAGGCAUUUGAAGAAGAAAGAGCCAGCUGGUUGAAGCAGCAGUUCUUAAACAUGACGACCUUCGACCACCAGAACUCAGAAAAUGUGAAACUGUUCAGUGCCUUCUCAGGAAGUUCUGAUCCAAACAAUCUUAUAGUGCACUCCCGGCCACGACAAAAGAAGCCACACAGUGUGGCUAAUGGGGCACCAGCUUGCACAUCAAAACUGACUAAAUCCCUUCCUGCUUCACCUUCUACUUCAGACAUUUGCCAGACACACUCCUAUGCGUCUGAACACAGGAGUUCAAUCAAUGUGCUGAAUAUAACUCCUGAAGAAACUAAAGCGAAUGAAGUGGGACGAGAAUGUACAAAGUCAGAAAUGGAGCGUGGUGUCGAGACCUGGCUCACGGGAAGGUUGCUACAGUGGAUGCUCCUCGACCUACACAACUUCUCACGUGGAAAGAGACGACUUACCUUAGAUGCAUAGACCGCAGUGUUCUCACUAAAACCUGAGUUAAACAGGGUGUAUCAUAAAGUCAGUCAUCUAAUUUAAGAUGGUCUGGGUUGUUUGUCUGGACUUCCCGGUCUUCCCCCAAAGAGCUGCAAUGCUAAGCAAUGUAAAAGGAUGCAAAAGCUUUGGAUGUGUGUUAGUAGCAGAAGCAGCUGGCUCUGUGAAGAGAGGAAUGUAUGAUGUUUGGAUGAAACAGAAGCACUAGAAUGGAUUCCCUUCCAGGUAUUGAAAAUAGCACUUUUAGGGGACUGAUUAUUGUAAACAUUAAAUUUUUGUCCCAGAUAUGGUUGGCAUUGGAAGUUUAGCCUUUACUUGAAUGUAUACUGUAGAUUUUUAACAAAGCAAGUUCUAUAUUUAUUAUGUUUCGUGUGAUUUUGGGAUUACCUCUUUCAUAUGUUUUACAUAAAGUGAAAUUUAUGUAUGUUCUGUACAUAGAUACACAUGAUUAUGUUAAGAGGCUUUAAAGUUUCAGGAUUUCACACAUGCUUGAGUGUAGUAUUUCCUGCCAAUAAAAAUGUUUUCGGUGGCAUUGUGUUUACAGGUGUGUUAGGACCACUGCCACACGACAGUUAAGAUUUUAUUGUUAAGCCAUCUAGGCAAUAAAAAUUCAAAGCCACUCCAUGGAAACUGAGUUCGGAUAACUAGAACUACUAACACUACAUUUUUGAGAUUUUUAAAGCAUUAUAUUUUAUUUUAUAUAUGUGAAUGUUAUCAUUUCUAAGAGGAAUAUUGAUUAUGGAGUAAUGGGGGAAAGACAGAAGUAUCUUUGAAUAACAAUAUUAGAGCAUUGGUUUAAGAUAUUUGGAUGAUAAAGGAUAUUUAAGAUGCUGGAUGGUGAUAUUUUCCUUACCAAAUGGGUGCCAGUACAGUAAUAUCUGUACCAGCCAGGGCUUUAUAUCAUUGCCAAUAAUUUUGUAAUUAAAAACUUUUCCACUAGCUACUACUGCUAAAGAAGUGAGACCGUGUAAAAACAUUGACUUUUAUAAUGGAGAUAUGACAUUCUGGACACUGGGUCGUUUCAUUUCAGAACAAUCGUAGGCUCUUUGUCUCUAAUGUUUCUGCUGCAUGUUUCUUCAUGAGAAGUAAGUUAUUAUUGAUAGUAAUGACGGUAAUAAUCACAGUAGCCCUAGGCCCAGGCUUCUCCUGGAUGGGUUUUCAUCCCAAAGCUUUUAAGUGCCUCCCCUGCUUAUCUCUGCACAUAGAAGCCUACACAGUCCUUGCUCAAUGAUGCAGGUUAGCCCGUCUGCCUUCCUCUUUCUUGCCCCUGUUGUGGCUGUGCAUUAAAUUCAUCAUGCUACCAAAAGCGAAAACUGGUGUUGUCCAUUCACUCUGUGACUGUGAGGUCAUUCAGCAGCAGCAGCAGCAGCCAUUUGUCUGGGGCUGGUAAGACAGCACGGCCCCGUGAGUGAGGCUUUGCUGUUGAGAAAGCGUUCUCUUGCUACCAGCCAUGCUCACAGUUCCGGAGCUAGCUUGAGAGUGUGAGCCGUUCCCUUCAGUCUGGUGUAUGAUCACUUCUUCACUGUUUAAGAUGUGACCUUUCAGAGACACUACUGUAGUCCAGAGGAAGAAACCCAGCUGGGAUGUAAUUACCUUGCUGCUGAAGAAGGCAAUCAAAGUUGUGAAGUAGUUACUGAUUAUUUCUACCCCACAUCCCCACAGGGCUCGGUCUCCAUGACAGCCUUGGCUAGAUACAAACAUUCCUGUUUUUCAUCAUAACUGUGCUGUAUUCCAUGAGGAGGGGUUUCUGGAAAGGAACACCUGCUUUUUUGCUGUGUUUGCAUUUCAGCACGGGCUGAAUUCUCAUACUGCAAAGAAAUCCCCGAGACUUCCAGGUGCAGAGGAAACCAUAGCAGAAAGCCAGAUCCCUUUGCUUUCGGAGUGUGCACGAAUCUGCCCAAAGCUGCACAUCCUCCUAGCUCUCUUGUCUGCUGCCCACUCCAACUCUAAAAUGAUCCCUAGUCACACAGACUCCCAGAGGGGGCCCGAGGGCUGUGCUGGAAAGCAGGAGUUGACAGGAAAGCUCCCCGGACUCUGCCCUUUUUGGGCAGGCAUUUGCAGUGUGCAAGCAAUACAGCCAGCUGGUCUCAUGAGUCGAUGAGCGUCCCUUGGUUCAAAAGCCUCCUGGUAGUCAUAUGUGCUUUACCAAUAUUGUUAUUGUUUGUCAAUAUGGAAACCUGAAACUUUGUAACUCAAGUUGGUUUUUACAUACUUGACAUACCCAUUUUGAAUUUUCAAAGCUUAAGAUUGGCUCUGAAAACUUGAGAUAGUUGCCUACUCUUAAGACACUGUUACUUACAAUGAUUAAAAACUUAAUAGAAAAAUCGGUGACGGGAGAAAACCAUGGCUAAGAUUUAAUAAAGGAGUAUUUUCUUACAGAAGCAAAUAGUAAAUGACUUAAGUUUACAGUACUAUCCAUAUAGCAAGUUGUUUGCCUCAUUGUAUAAAUGAAAUACAAUACAUUGUUUGGGAAUAAUUCUGUGGUUCCUAUCCCAGCUAAGUAGGAUUGUCCAAAGGCUUUGUAAUAACCUGAUUGUUGUGGGAAAACAUAUUCUGUGGUGCAUGAUGAGAGAGUGCUUGAAAUCCAGUUUUAACCUCCCCUGUGGUCCAUCUGAAAGGCCUUGGGACCCCAGGGGCAGCUUCUAAUGUGUGGAAGCUUGGAGCACUGUGAGUUAACAAAGCCCUUCUCUGAUUGCCCUGCUGUAAAAAUUCUUAGAGUUAUAUAUACCGGUGUAGAACAUGUUUUUGGGUUGAAUCGUGGAACUUCAGUAAAUACACUUUGCUCUAUGUUCGUGUUUACUCUUCCAUUGAGUAAACAUGGGCGGAGGGCCUGCUGUUGACGGGGUUUGUCGUGGGGGCCCAAGGAUCAGAAGAUGGGCAUGCUCACCAGACCGUUGAGAAUCCCUGAGUUGGAUGCCAGUCGUCAAACCUCAACUGUCAUGAGCCAGUGGUAUGUCAGUCUCACAUCUGGACUGUCCCAGGGCCUCUUGCCCCUUUCAUAACAGUAGUUAUGGUGCGUGGCUUCCGUGAGUCCUGCCGGUAUUUCCUGUCGGAUGCACUAUGGAAUUGGUUUGCAGGGUUUGUUUUUCACAAACGUUGAUAUGCAAAGCAGAUAAGACUUUAUCCCCACAGGGGAGAAAUGGAUUAUCAUCCAAUAGAAACAAAGCAAAGAUGUGAGCAUGCAGGUGAGAUCAUGAAGUGGGUGAUUUUAGUCUGUUUUCUAAAUUGAGUGUUUGGUGAUUUUUUUUUUCUCCUGGGGCUGAAUGUAAAUUAGAAUGGAAUGGACUACUGACUACUGAUUAAAUGAUUUGAUCUGAAACCAC